AUACGUGGCAGGGGGGGGCCUAUGAGGGGCGGCCCUGAGCCCGGAAGAGGCGUGGCCUGGAUCGGAAGUGAUCCGCUAAGCCCAGCCAUGUUGAUGGUGAGGGUGGUGGUGUUGUUGCUGGCUGUGUUGACGCUUCUUACGCUCGGUCGCGUCGUGAGCAUCGACGCAUACAUUGAGGAGUGCUUUCCGGAGCGUGUCCGGGCCGGCAUCAAGAUGGGGCUCAUCUUCGAGGUGAUCGAGGGUGCUUUCCUCGACAUCGACGUGGAGAUUAUGAGACCUGAUAAUCAAGUGAUUUACAAAGUUGAAAGAGAAUCCGAUGGAAACUACACAUUUGCUGCUCACAUGAAUGGAACUUACAAGUUUUGCUUCAGCAACAAAAUGGGAGCCACCCUGAUUUCUAAGAUAGUGAGUUUCACUAUUGAUAUUGGGGAAGUUCCACAAGGGCAAGACAUGGAGACAGAAGGUAAUUCUCCUGAAGCACCGUCACUCACCACUAAGAAUCCCCAUUGGACUCUGAGGAACCCUCUCGUAUUCAGUCCAACGCCAGGUAAUUCUCCCAAAGCACCUUCGCUCGCCACUAAAAAUCCCUGUCAGAUACCGAGGAACCCUCUUGCAUUCAGUCUCAUACCAGGUAACUCUCUCGAAGCACCUUCACUUACCACUAAGAAUCCCCCUUUGGACGCUGAGGGACCCUCUUGCAUUCAGUCUCACGCCAGAACAGAACAUGGACAGUAUGACAACCACAGGAAAACCAAUCAACGAUUCCCAGAAAUGAAGAGUCAUCGGAGGAGAAAGAUAAUACAGAAGGAGUGAUCCUGUGGGGGUGUAUCCUGAGGCCACCAUGGGCAGAUGGCACACCACUAGCUGAUUUCACCCACCCCAUUGUGGGGAGUGGGCAUCGACCUUCGACCUCUAGGCUGCUGAUAUCUGGCAUACUUCAAGCUAAAGCCACAGCGUAGUGUUUGUGUAUUGGCCAGAUAUACUUACUUUUCUUCUGUGACACCCUCAGGACUGGUAGAUAAGUAGAACUGGGGAGGGGGUGUAUUUUUUUUGCUUUGCCUACACUAUUCUUAUCUGCUAUCACUGUAUAUCAAUAAAACUUGCCUAUUAUUGAAUGGAAGAAGUUGUAGUUGGUCUGAGGCUUUGGGCGGCCCAGAACAAGAUAUCAGGACUGGGUCAUAAAUCCAGUGCCAACAGUCAGGAGGUCUUUAUGCAUAAUGGGACAUUGGGUCUCAACCUUUCCGGACUUUUGCAAUGAAAGAUCCCCCAUUGAGAUACUAUCCAUAGCUCUUGUGAACUGAGUAGCACCCAGUUUCAAAAACUGAUUUAUACAUUACAAUCAAUGCUCACCUACUUGCAGAGGGGCUGGAG